AUGGAACAGGAAAAGGAGGCUGUCCUUGCCGAAAAGGCGGUCCAACUCCGUGAAGAGGACAGCCAUGAAACCCUAGCUGAACAUAUUCAGGUCCACGAAGAGCAAAGCCGUGAGACCUUGACCAAUUUCCUCUCUGAUGACGAAUUCCCCGAAAAGACUCCAGUCACCUGGGGCCUGUCUGGUCAAGUCUCGGCCAUGCAAGAUCGAGAAUUGGCUGCAGGCUAUAGCAAGCGUGAGCUGGGAGUUACCUGGCAAAACUUGAAUGUCGAGGUACUGUCGGCAGAAGCUUCUGUCAAUGAGAACUUCAUCUCCCAAUUCAAUCUCAUUCAACUUGCCCGUGAUUACCAAAAGAAGCCACCGAUUCGCGCCAUUGUUCAGGAUAGCCAUGGCUGUGUGAAGCCAGGUGAAAUGCUUCUUGUGCUUGGACGUCCAGGCUCGGGUUGUACCACUUUGUUGAAUGUCCUCUCGAACCGCAGAGCAGGGUAUCGAUCAGUCACCGGCGACGUCAAAUUCGGUACCAUGACACCCGAAGAGGCCACCCAAUAUAAAAGUCAAAUUGUGAUGAACAGCGAAGAAGAGAUCUUCUUCCCUACCCUUACCGUUGGACAAACGAUGGACUUCGCCACCCGCCUUAAGAUCCCAUUCCGUCGCCCCGAAGGAACCUCGCCAGCCGACUGGGCAACCGAAUUGAAACAAUUCCUCAUGGAGUCGAUGAAAAUUUCGCAUACCGAAGACACGAAAGUUGGAAACGAGUUCGUGCGUGGUGUUUCGGGUGGAGAGCGGAAGCGAGUGUCGAUUAUCGAGUGCAUGGCAACAAAGGGGUCGGUGUUUUGUUGGGACAACAGUACUCGCGGCCUGGACGCUUCAACUGCAUUGGAGUGGGCUAAGGCCUUGCGUGCAAUGACUGAUAUCCUUGGUCUAACUACCAUUGUGACCUUAUACCAAGCCGGUAAUGGUAUCUAUGACUUGUUCGACAAAGUUUUGGUCCUAGACGAAGGAAAGCAGAUAUUCUAUGGCCCAGCAACCUCUGCAAAGCGCUUUAUGGAAAGUGUUGGUUUUGCCUAUACCGAUGGUGCCAACACAGGCGAUUAUCUGAGUGGUGUUACUGUACCAACUGAACGGAAGAUUCUUCCUGGGUUUGAGGGUGUCUUCCCAAAGAACGCCGAUGAAGUCCUUGGUGCUUACCAGAAGUCCGAUAUCUGUCAACACAUGAGACUUGAAUAUGAUUAUCCGACAACACCACUAGCUCAGGAGCGAACACAGGCAUUCCAGGACUCUGUUGCACUCGAAAAAGAUUCUUCAUUGCCGAAAAACAGUGCCUUGACUACUGCCUUCCUCCAUCAGCUCAAGAUCUGUGUGAUUCGCCAAUAUCAAAUUAUCUGGGGAGAGAAAUCUACUUUCUUUAUUCGACAAUUCGUUUCUCUUGCAAUGGCUCUGAUUGUGGGCUCCUGUUUUUAUAAUUCACCGGAGACAUCCGCUGGUCUGUUCACCAAGGGAGGAGCGAUCUUUUUCUCUCAGGUCUACCAGGUCACCCUGGCAAUGGCUGAAGUCACUGGGUCCUUCAAAGGACGACCAAUCUUGAUCAAGCAUAAAUCUUUUGGCUAUCAUCACCCGGCCGCGUUUGCUCUAGCAAUUCUUGCCGCUGAACUACCGGUGGUCAUUUUCCAAUGCACCAUUUUGACGGUUGUGUUAUAUUGGAUGGUUGGCCUCAAAGCGACAGCUAGCGCGUUUUUCACAUUCUGGAUUCUCCUCAUCGCUAUCACUUUUUGUAUCAACGCAUUAUUCAGAUCACUUGCCGCUGCUAGCCCUAACCUUGAAGUGGCCUCCAACCUUUCCGGCGUGCUUAUGAAGUUCUUAGUUAUGUAUACUGGUUACAUGAUCCCGAAGCCAAAGAUGAAAAAUUGGUUCAUUGAGUUAUACUACGCCAAUCCAAUGGCCUACGCUUUUCAAGCAGCAUUGAGCAAUGAAUUUCACGAUACAACAAUGCCAUGCGUCGGCUCAAGCUUGAUCCCUAACGGAGGCAAUUAUACAGAUUCUCAGUAUCAAGCCUGUGCAGGUGUUACAGGAGCAGAACGUGGUGCUACUUAUGUCACGGGCGACAACUACCUUGCUGCUCUUCACUGGAAGCACUCUCAAAUGUGGCGAAACUUUGGUGUUGUCUGGGGAUGGUGGGCCUUCUUUGUCGUGGUUACAGUUGUAUCAACCUGCAUGUGGAAGGCCGGGGGAGCAGGAAGUAGCUCUCUGUUGAUCCCUCGAGAAAACAUGAAGCAAUUCCAAGCCUCUAAGGAUGAGGAGAGUCAGUCGUCAAACAAGGAGUCUCAGACCAGCAGAAACAUUGCAGCAGACGAUCAGAAAAACUCAAACCUGGUCCGUAACACAUCAGUUUUCACAUGGAAAAACUUAGUUUACACUGUGAACACUCCAUCAGGGGAUCGUGUGCUUCUGGAUAAUAUCUACGGCUGGGUGAAACCUGGAAUGCUUGGUGCUUUGAUGGGAUCAUCCGGAGCUGGCAAAACAACUUUGCUCGAUGUCCUCGCGCAGAGAAAAACCGAAGGAACAAUCAAAGGAACUGUGUUAGUGGACGGUCGCGAACUUCCUAUGUGUUUCCAGAGAAUGGCCGGCUACUGCGAACAGCUUGACGUUCAUGAACCAUUUGCGACAGUACGAGAAGCACUCGAAUUUUCAGCUCUCCUUCGACAACCUGCACAUGUCCCAAAGGCAGAAAAGCUCGCCUAUGUCGACACCAUCAUUGAUCUCUUAGAGCUUCACGAUCUUGCUGAUACACUCAUUGGAUCUGUUGGCGAGGGUCUUAGUGUUGAGCAGCGGAAACGUGUUACGAUCGGUGUCGAACUAGUUUCAAAGCCCAGUAUUCUUAUCUUCUUGGAUGAGCCUACCUCUGGUCUUGAUGGACAGUCAGCCUACAACACAGUUCGAUUCCUCCGCCGAUUAGCUGAUGCAGGUCAGGCAAUUUUAGUGACCAUUCAUCAGCCAUCUGCUCAACUUUUUGCUCAGUUUGAUACACUCCUUCUCCUCGCUCGAGGUGGUAAAAUGGUUUACUUUGGUGAUAUUGGUGAGAACGGCUCUACGGUCAAGAACUACUUUGCUCAAUAUGGAGCCCCUUGCCCAAUUCGCAGUAACCCUGCUGAGCAUAUGAUUGAUGUGGUCACUGGUGGUAUUGAGGCUGUGAAGGAUAAGGACUGGCACCAAGUCUGGCUUGACUCUCAGGAAAACGCAGCGGCCAUGGCGGAGCUUGAUCAGAUUGUUUCUGAUGCAGCCGCAAAACCACCUGGAACAGUCGAUGAUGGUAAAGAGUUCGCUACCUCCCUUUGGACUCAAACAAGGCUUGUUACACAGCGGAUGAAUGUUGCCUUGCUGAGAAACACGAAGUAUGUGAACAACAAACUCGAGCUACACAUCAUCUCAGCUUUGCUCAAUGGCUUUUCCUUCUGGCACCUCGGAUCCUCGGUUACAGACCUUCAGUUGAAAAUGUUUACCAUUUUCAACUUCACAUUCGUUGCACCAGGUGUGAUUAACCAGCUUCAACCUCUCUUUAUCCAACGUCGCGAUAUUUACGAUGCCCGUGAAAAGAAGUCGAGAAUGUAUUCUUGGAUCGCUUUCGUGACUGGUCUUAUCGUCUCAGAAUUCCCUUACCUCUGCCUCUGCGCCGUUUCUUACUUCGUCUGUUGGUAUUACCAGACAAAACUCCCGCACUCUUCCAACGAGGCCGGAUCAAUCUUCUUCAUCAUGUUGAUUUACGAAUUCAUCUACACUGGUAUUGGGCAGUUUGUCGCAGCCUAUGCCCCGAACGCAACAUUCGCAGCAUUGGUCAACCCACUUAUCGUCAACAGCUUAAUUCUUUUUUGUGGCGCUUUCGUGCCUCAGCCCGAGCUGAACGUGUUCUGGAAGUAUUGGUUCUACUACCUGAAUCCCUUCAACUAUGUGGUCGGAGGUAUGCUCACUUUCGGUAUCUGGAAGUCGAAUGUCAGGUGCACUUCGGAUGAGUUUGCGUACUUCGAUCCUCCCAAUGGAACUUGCCAGGAAUAUCUGGCGGAGUAUAUCGCUGGUGCUGGAUCUGCUGUCAAUUUGAUCAAUCCGGAUGCAACUUCUCAGUGUCAGGUCUGUGAAUACACGUAUGGAAGUGACUACUUGAAGACUCUGAACAUCAACGACUACUACUAUGGUUGGCGAGAUGCUGGUAUCUGUGUUAUCUUCGCUCUCAGUGGAUAUGCCUUGGUUUAUAUCAUGAUGAAACUGCGAACUAAGGCUUCGAAGAAGGCGGAGUAA